CUCAAUAAAUAGCAUGCAACAACGACGCGCUAUUAAAUACAAAAGAAAGUCGAGCCUUCGUAUCCUUAUAAAACCGGCUCUAAAUGUAUCCUCGUUUUUAUAAUUAUCAAACUCAAAACCCAUAAAUCAAAGAUAGAGAUUUCUGCCAUGGAUACCUUCUACAUCUCGCAUGGAUCCCCCACGUUGUCGAUUGACGACUCUCUGGAAGCCAGGCAUUUCUUGAAGGCGUGGAAAGACAAAACGUUUUCUGAGAAACCAAAAGCAAUUCUCGUUAUAUCUGGCCACUGGGAGACCGAUGUUCCCACUGUUAAUACCGUUGAAAAACAUGACACCAUCCACGACUUCUAUGGCUUCCCAAAAGAAAUGUACAAGCUCAAGUAUCCGGCACCAGGAGCUCCAGAAUUGGCGAAGAAGGUGAAGGACUUGCUUACAGGUGCUGGCUUCAAACAUGUUAAAGAAGAUAAAAAACGAGGGCUCGACCAUGGUGCCUGGGUGCCGCUGAUGCUAAUGUAUCCAGAGGCCAAUAUACCAGUGUGUCAGCUCUCAGUUCAGUUGAACAAAGAUGGUACUCAUCAUUACAACAUGGGGAAGGCAUUGGCCCCUCUCAGGGAGGAAGGUGUCCUCAUUUUCGGUUCUGGCAGUGCUGUUCAUAACCUGAGGGUUCUCCAAUUCGGUAGCGAUGCUAUUCCUACUUGGGCUUCAGAGUUCGAUACCUGGCUUAAAGAUUCUCUCCUUGAAGGAAGAUACGAGGAUGUGAACCACUAUGAAGAUAAGGCACCACAUGCGAAAAUGGCUCAUCCUUGGCCAGACCACUUUUAUCCGUUGCAUGUAGCUAUGGGUGCUGCCGGCGCAAAUUCAAAGGCAGAACUCAUUCACCAUAGCUGGCAAUUGGGUACUCUUUCUUAUGCCUCUUACAGGUUCAAAACAGCCUCCUAAAUUCCCAGAAAUUGCCCUGCGGCCUUUAUGUGACGUACGCCACUUUCAUUGCUUUAAUUGUUAAUUAAAAUUAACAGUUAUUUUUAAAGUUGCUUGUGCUCAUGUAAUCUGUGUUUGUGUGAGUAUGCUUUCAUUGAAUAUAAAAAUAAAGAUGAUUUCUUGAGUA